CAGAAACAGCUCUGGAACUCAAACAACAAUUUCCUUCACCUGACGGCUAAAGACAAGAAAGUGAUUGUCGUCGGCGGCGGUGACACCGGAUGUGAUUGCAUCGGCACUUCCCUCCGACAGGGCGCUAAGAAUAUCGUGUCAUUUGAGAUACUCCCGCGACCUGGAGAUACUCGCGGUGCCGACAACCCGUGGCCCCAAUGGCCCAGAAUAUACCGCAAAGACUACGGCCACGAAGAGGUGGAGCUGAAGUGGGGAUCGGAUCCCAGAAUAUUCGGCAUCAAUAGCAAGGAAUUCCUGGACGACGGCGCCGGUAAUGUGAAGGGAAUCCGUUCCGUGCGGGUCGAGUGGACUCAAGACAACGGCCGAUGGAUUAUGAAGGAAGUGCCCAACUCUGAGCAGAUCUACGAGGUAUGUGUGGGUGUGGUGUGAGGGGA